UGACACGCAGUGUUGUGACGACAAGGGUCAGUGAUCAAUAAAGGAUGCUAUCAACAUCACAUCACAUGUGUAGGUGUCUCUGAAAUUUGUUUUCGGCAAGUUGACCGUCUCCACGUGAUAGCAUUUGUCGAUGUUUUUAUAAGUCGGUACUUUGUCCCGCGAAAACUAAAUAUCUGGAUUGGUGUGAAAUGAGAUGACAAUGAAGAAAGCUUGAUUCAUUACGGCGUCUUCUCUCAAUGGAAAGGAGAGGAAUCAGACAGCUCUGGGUAACCGCAUAAGCAUUCCACAGUCAACCACACAAUAAAACAAGACUAAAAGUCAAACAAAUGAGUGUAAAUUCAAAGGCGGAAAAUGUUGAACAACAACUCAUCGGCCAGGAACCUAACGGAGUCCAAAACUUCUUCAGAAAAUCACCUGUGUUCGCUAUUGAAACAAGUCCAAAAGGGAAACGACAUCUCCUUUGAAGAAUUUCGCUCAGUGUGUGCUUUCAUCGCAUUUACGAACACUUUCAUGGCAAUCAUUGCUAUACUUGGAAACGGUGUGAUUAUUUCAGCUUUUCAUCGCUCUGAAUCACUAAGAACACCAUCCAACUUACUCUUGCUUGGUUUGUCAGUUUGUGACUUGUUGGUUGGUUUAGUUACUCAGCCUGUUUUUACAGCCGAAGUAGCUUUAGUUGCGGCAAAUUCAGACGUGGCUUGCCGGUUCAAAGAUUUCUAUGUAAUAUUCCUAUUCUCGUUCUCACUUGCGUCGAUGUUGCUCGUUUGUUUGAUCACCGUCGAACGUACAUUUUCCAUAAUCCACCCUUUUAAACAUCAUCGCUUUUUAAACAAAAGUCGAGUUGCAACAUUUUUCCUUGUGUUUUGGAUUUGUUGGACGUUGCUGACCGUGUUCACUCGACGCGAGCAUGGCGGAGGUAUUAUUGGCUACUCACGCAUGGGGUUGGUUAUUUUUAGCACUCUGGUGGUGUUUUUCAUAAACAUUCGACUGUGGAUGGAAGCUCGGAGACAUUCUGAAGUGAUUUCAAGGAUGCUUCAACACUCGUUACAGAUGUCUUUACAAAGUCACUCGACGUCGCAGGAGACCGUGACCGAAAAUGCAGAUACUCACAUGAGAAGGAAAUUCAUACGAAAUGCUAAGGCAGCUAAGAUAGUUUUGUUAAUCAUCGGUUUCAUGGUUUUGUGCAAUUUACCACUCAUAGCAACAUUCACUGCGCGUAAGUUUUACGAUAUGCGCGGACGAGUUAUGACUUUACUUUGGUUCGCUUCAAACACAUUUGUAUUAAUGCCUGCUAUACUUAACCCAGUUGUUUAUUUCUGGCGCAAAAAAGAGUUCAGGGUCUCUGCGAGAAGGAUGUUUGGUUUGCAUAAUGCCGUUGGAAUGCAAGCCAGACGGCAAUGAGCACCUUACUGCAAGUUCUCUUUCCUUAAAAAUGCGUUGGAUUUUGGGCUGUUCGAAUCAUAAAUUUAGAGGUCGUUUAAAAUCAUGCGACUUUGCUGUAAAUUGUGUAUUACAUAGUUCAAUGUGCUCGAGACUUUCUACCUAUAAUUUUUUUUUUUCAAGUGUUGUUCUGAAUACACUUGCUUCCAGCUACCGUAAAAGAGGGGACUGAAUGGGGAAUGCAAAUCUGCAGGUCCGCUGUGAUUUAAUAACCAAAUCCGUAAAUCCUCUAAAAAAAAAAUUUUUAAUCUAUUUGCUUCUUAACAACUCGCUUCGUGAAAAACCCGCGUACCUUCAGCUUUUGUGUGUUAGCUAAACAAUUUUUAAAAAAUCUUUCUCACGCUUUUUAUAAGACCUCUUUAAACCAAUUUUUAAACAAUUUUCAGUUUGAAAAAAUUUUAAAAACAAUUUUAAAAUUAAAGUAGUGAGCAGCACUCGGCGAGAGGUUGUUGUAAAACUUGUUUUAUUCUCCGAAGCGUUUGGUCAAACUGUUCACGGUAGACUUCUGUAGGGAGUUUUACAAGUGAACCGACACUGGAGACGCCUGUAUCUAUAAGCCAUAGUCAGCGGCUAUUAGGUGGGCAAAAGAACAUAAAGGCUUACCGCCGAUUUACGAACAAGAACAAGCGAAUUUGUGAAAGAUCUUUAAAGCAAGGUGAGAAAAAGAUUUUUAGUGACAUCUUAAACUUCCUACUGAUCUGCUGAUCUACGUGCGACGUUGAUCAGGAAGGGGUUCGUCAGAGAUUUUGUCUGGUCUCAAUCACUAAUCUUCCUAAUCUCCUCUCUCCAAGCGCUCUUGGUAUACAAUGAAAACAAGCCCGAGAAACUGGUUAAAAACCGUGCAGGGAAGACUACUUCUAUCUGGCUGAGACGCUUUUGAAAUAUAAACUUUUUUCACGUAAUUUCCUUCUCAAAAUCUCCAUUUACCCUUGAACUGUACAAA